AUGGACGAUACCUACUUCCCUGAUGAGCUUUGGCUCAAUAGGGAAAUCGAAUUCACCUCCCCUUCACCCUCUGCUUGGAAACUGACCGUGAAACUCAAGGAAAGCAUUGGGCUUUUGAGCCAGAAAGAAUCCGAGGAAUACCAAGACACUUCCUUCGAUCCGACUCAACAGGCCCGAGUGAUAAUCUACAUGCAGAUCCCAAAUAGGGGAACUCAGGCUCUGCCCCCUGACAUGCGCCGCAGACAAGCUUCUGGCGAGGUCCCUGACAUCUUUAAAGAGGAGUGUGAAGCCUACAAACGCCUGGCUGAUCACCAAAUUGAUUUUACUCCUCAACUCGUCGGCUUUAAGCACGAAAAUCAAGAUGUUAACGGUCUGGUCCCGGACGGGUUUGUGUCUUACAUAGCCCACACCAAGGUUCCCGGCGUCGCUCUGGGCCAGAGGUUAUACCGCUUUGGAGAUGGUUCUGACAUCCCCGAUGUCGAUGUGGCCUCAGAUGCGCCCAGUACCAGACCGCCAGGAAAGCGUAUCACGCAGUAUAGCAUUCCCGAGGGGCAGUUCUGGACCAUGCGCAAAAGUGAGAGAGACCUGAUUCGGGCCAAAUUCAGCGUGCUUUACAGGUCAGCACCCAGUAAUUGUCGUCUGGCUUAUACUGACCUUUCUUCUCAUGGAAGGAAACUUCUCGCAGCAAGUGUCAAAGUCGAGAAUCCUUAUCUUGACAAUCUGUUUUGGGAUCAGAACACACAGAAACUGUCAGUUUUCAUCUUGACUUUUUUUCACAGCGGAUGA